AGACGCCGCGGUUUUGAAGACGAAUAUUUUGCGAUUUCGCCCAAAACAAGCCCAGUUGAGAGAUGAGGAGGCGUGGGGUAGGAGCAGGCGCCAUUGCCAAGAAGAAAUUGGCAGAGGCAAGAUACAAGGACAGGGGAACUGAGAUUGCAGCUGAUCAGUUGGCUCAGAUGUCAAAACAGCUGGAGACAUUCCAGAAGCACCUGGAGGAAUUUGCCACCAAACACAAGGAUGACAUCCGCAGGAACGCAGAGUUCCGCCGACAGUUCCAGGAGAUGUGUGCAGCUGUGGGGGUGGAUCCUCUGGCUUCUGGGAAAGGUUUCUGGUCAGAAAUGCUGGGGAUUGGAGACUUCUACUAUGAGCUGGGAGUUCAGAUUGUGGAGGUGUGUUUAGCAACAAAGCCCAGGAAUGGAGGACUGAUUAUGUUAGAUGAGCUGAGAGAGAGGAUAGCAGGGAAGAGCAGGGCCAGGCAGGAUGUCAGCAAUGAUGAUUUGUUGAGAGCCAUAAAAAAGCUGAAGGUGCUGGGCAGUGGGUUCACAGCCAUACCUGUGGGAGGGGGGCGUUACCUGGUACAGUCAGUCCCGGGGGAGCUCAACAUGGACCAUACCACUGUACUACAGCUGGCAGAGGGCAGUGGCUUUGUGUCAGAGUCUUCUAUUGUCAGCAAACUCAGAUGGGAGAAGGAAAGGGCACAGAGAGUACUGGACCAUAUGGUGAAGGAAGGUCUGGCCUGGGUAGAUGACCAGGCACCAGAAGGGAGACAGUACUGGUUCCCUGCUCUCAUCCCUGACCCUGCUGGCUAGGAGAGAUGGAUGGGGUUUUAUAUUGAAUUUUAGAGUAAAGGGUAUAAGAUAUGUUCGUGAAGGUUAGCUCUUGUAGUCCCAUGGAGUUUCUGCAUUAUAUUCACUGUCAUUCUUAUACUGAAGCCAAUUUCAUGAGUCCAACUGCAAAUUGUUGUAAUCUAUCAUGAAGGCAAGUGUGACAUACUCUCACAGCAGAAAUUUGGGUUUAGCUUAUUUUUGAUGUGUUUUUAGGCCUUUUUAUCAGGCUUUAUUUUUUGCACUGGUAUCUCUUUUACACCAACCCAACGAAAAAAAAGGCACCAGUGAAAA